GGGCGUGAGGAGAAGACCCGGCACUCGGCAUCCGGCAGCAGGCACCGGAGAGGCCGGACGGAGGUCCCUCCGCAAGAAGGCAGAGCUGCCGAGAUCUCAGUCUAGAAAGGGCGACCUCUCCGGGCCCCUCAGGGCCGCGCACCGGGCGUCCUCCAUCGCGCGCCCGCUCCCUCCAUCCACCUGCCGCCGGGGGCCCGGCCGUCGGCGCGCGCAUCCCCAGGCUUGGGUCAGUUCCCGGCCUUCGAGGGCGCCGCCGUCUCCAUCUCCGCCUCUGCAGCGUCCGCAGUCGCAGACGGCCGGGCGGGACCCCGGCGUGAGCACCAGGCGCCCCCCCAGGAGUGCACGACCCCCGGAGCCGCCCUCGAUACGGACCGCGCCCGCCGGGCAUACAAGAAUGGUCACUCAGAUACUGGGGGCCAUGGAGUCUCAGGUUGGGGGGGGGCCGGCCGGCCCGGCCCUGCCCAACGGGCCACUCCUUGGGACAAACGGAGCCACUGAUGACAGCAAGACCAACCUCAUCGUCAACUACCUACCCCAGAACAUGACACAGGACGAGUUCAAGAGUCUCUUCGGCAGCAUUGGGGAUAUUGAAUCCUGCAAGUUGGUUCGGGAUAAGAUCACAGGGCAGAGCCUGGGCUAUGGGUUUGUGAACUACUCUGACCCCAAUGAUGCAGACAAAGCCAUCAACACCCUCAACGGCCUCAAACUGCAGACAAAGACCAUCAAGGUAUCCUAUGCACGCCCCAGUUCUGCCUCCAUCCGGGAUGCCAACCUGUACGUCAGUGGCCUCCCCAAGACCAUGAGCCAGAAAGAGAUGGAGCAACUCUUCUCCCAGUACGGUCGCAUCAUCACCUCGCGAAUCCUGCUGGACCAGGCCACAGGUGUCUCUCGGGGUGUGGGAUUCAUCCGCUUUGACAAGAGGAUCGAGGCAGAGGAAGCCAUCAAGGGACUGAAUGGGCAGAAACCACUGGGUGCGGCAGAGCCCAUCACGGUCAAGUUCGCAAACAACCCGAGUCAGAAGACAGGGCAGGCCCUGCUCACUCACCUGUACCAAUCCUCCGCCAGGCGCUACGCUGGUCCCCUGCAUCAUCAGACACAGCGCUUCCGGCUGGACAAUUUGCUCAACAUGGCCUACGGAGUCAAGAGUCCCCUGUCGCUUAUCGCCAGGUUCUCCCCAAUCGCCAUCGACGGCAUGAGUGGCCUGGCAGGCGUGGGCUUGUCUGGAGGUGCUGCAGGAGCUGGCUGGUGCAUCUUCGUGUACAACCUGUCUCCAGAAGCCGAUGAGAGUGUGCUGUGGCAGCUUUUCGGACCCUUUGGGGCAGUCACCAAUGUCAAGGUUAUCCGAGAUUUCACCACCAACAAGUGCAAGGGCUUCGGCUUCGUCACCAUGACCAACUAUGAUGAGGCAGCGAUGGCCAUUGCCAGUUUGAAUGGCUACCGCCUGGGCGAGCGCGUGCUGCAGGUGUCCUUCAAGACCAGCAAGCAGCACAAGGCCUGAGCAUUUACCGCCCUCCCUCCCCGGGCAGCAGAGAGAGAGAGAGAGAGAGAGAGAGAGAGAGAGAGAGAGAGAGAGAGAUCACAAGAGCAGGCAGACCCACACACCUGCAAAAAACACCACAGGGUGAGCAUCAGAACGGGAAGGGGGUGCAGGGCAUUGAGAGGAAGGGGACCCCCCCCAUACUCCCUGCUUUCCCCACCCCAGGCUGGGGCUUGUUCACUCUCUCGUCGUGGUUUGGUUCAUGGUGAUGGCUUUUGUUUCUUUUUUUCGGCUAAAAACAAAAAGAAGAAAGCAGAGAGGAGACCCCCCCCCCAUCCCACCUCACCCUCACCACCCUGCAUGGGAUGGCUUAGAGGACACAGUGAUGCCCCACCCAGGCCUCCCUUGCCCAGGCCUGUCCUAUACUGAGAGAAAGGGGAGGGAACAGGUUUAAAAAUCCCCAAAGCAGCAAAAAAACAAAAA